CUCACCGACAAGCAGCUGUUGCUGUUGGACCCAUCCAUCGAACGCACCAGUCGACUUUUUCUAAACUACGACGUGGCGCAGAUGCGGUUCUGACUCCCUGCAAAAUGCACUAAAGAGCUGACGUUCAGGCCUUUUAUCCAACUUGACGACACCAACCCCUAGAUGCAAGCAAUCAACCCGCCAGAAUCAACUAAAGGGUUCUCUUUCAUUUGCAGCCCGUUCACAGGGGAGUGCUCAGCGACGGUUCUCGUUGCCCGUCAAGUUGUUGUGACCCAGAAUAUUACGAGGGAGAGCGAACCUCGGAUUCCUCCUGCUCUAGUCGCGUUCCUGGGCCCAUCACCGUACUUCUUCCCCGUUCCGCUGCUUACUUGUGGCACCAAAGGAGAAGUCGUCUCCACGAACCAAUACUGGCCAUCUAGCUGGUUAGUGCCUUUUUGGAUUCGGAUCGAUAGCCCUCCGCACGAGUAGCCAGACGUGAUUCGAUAUCACAAAUCUUGCAGUUGAGAUAUCAUAUAGCUGCGCUUCGGACAACACAGCUGCCAAAAGCUUACAUCUACGCUGCGCUUUCUGCAAUCUUUGGGAAGACCACAGGCUUUGCCCCGCAAACUCCCAAGUAGAUGCUGAAACCAUGUGGCGGAUUAUAUCAGCCGUAUUAGCACUGCUGACGGCGGGAGCUGCGUACUUUGUCAAUCUGGUUUACAAGAAGCGAGCAGAACUCGAUGGACUGCCACAACCGCCCAUGGAAAGCCGAUUCUGGGGUCACUUGAAGAUUGCGGGCGAUUGCAAGAAUCUCUUCCCUCCGAACUGUCACGUCCAGAACUGGGCAAACUACAUCAGGAAGAAGUAUGAUUUGGGCGAUAUCUUUUACGUCGACUGGUGGCCACUGGGCCCUCGCUGGAUGUUCAUCGCCGACCCAGAACUCGCUUCCAAAUUCUUGACGACCGGCCAAUCGCUGCCGAAAUCGCGACUCACGACAAAAUAUCUGACAAUGCUCCUGGGAGCCAACAACAUGGUCGGCUUGGACGGUCAGGCCUGGAAAUCCCUCCGAUCCAUCUUCAACCCAGGCUUCUCUGCAAGUCACCUGAUCACUUUAGUCCCCUACGUGGUUGACUCCAGCCUCGUGUUCCUCGAUUUGCUUCGUGAAAAGGCCCAGACCAAUGAGCUGGUUGAACUGGAUCCUUUGUCAAUAGGAUUUGCCAUUGAUAUUAUAGGCAAAGUGGUCAUGGACUCGGACUUUGACAGCCAGAAACGUCCGCAUCCGAUCGUCACGACGUUUAGGAAACAAGUGCAGAUGAUGCCGAGUGCCGCCAGUAUCGGACCGCUUGACGACAUCAACCUCGUUCGUCCCAUUCGUCUUUGGUGGAACGCAAAGAAACUCGACUCUCUGCUUGGUGCCGAGAUUGACAAGAAGAUCGCGGCUCGGAAGACCUCGCAAGACGCUGAUAUGGAAAAGCCAAGGAAAGACCGCAAGCGCUCGAUCGUGGACCUUGCUCUUGACGCAUACGAGAAGGAGGUCGCAGCGGGUGCCAAAGCCGGGGGAAGUGGUAUGACGAGUUCGUUCCGCACAAUGGCCAUCGACAGCAUCAAAACUUUCAUCUUCGCGGGCCACGACACCACGAGCGCGACCAUCUCAUACACCAUGUACCUCAUCCAUCUCCACAAGCACGUCUACACCAAAAUCAUCGCGGAACUCGACUCGGUCUUCGGCCCCGAAGUCGAGGCAUCCGAAUUGGCCGAGCUCAUCAAGUCUGACCCGCACAGCAUCAACAAACUGGAGUACCUUGGUGCUGUCAUCAAAGAAGUCCUUCGACUCUUCCCGCCUGCGUCGACGAUCCGCGAGUUGAAACGGCCCAGUGAACUCUCCCUCGCAAAGGAAAAGGUCAUGAUCGAUCCGUCCACCGGCAAAGAAUGUCCCCUGGUGGGGUUUGACUUGUGGCCCGUCGCGCACAUGAUUCAUCGGAACGAGGCGUAUUUCCCAGAGCCAUUGAAAUUCAUUCCCGAACGCUUCAUCCCCUCUCAAACACCCUUCCCAGACUGCAAACUGCACACGCCGGCAGGAAAAGACGCGUGGCGCCCAUUCGAAAAGGGUCCUCGGAAUUGUAUCGGCCAGGAACUCGCGAUGAUGGAGGCCAAAGUCGUCCUCGCCCUGGUGAUUCGAGAGGUGGACUUCACGGCAGAGUUCUAUGGCAAGAAGAUUGAGGAGGGAGAUUGGAAGCCCGUCGAGACGAAGGACGAGUUCGCGGAUGGGAUAAGCGGGGAGCAGAGGAUGAGCGUAGAGGGACACAAGCCGUAUCAGGUGUUGCUGGGGGCUGCGAGGCCGAGGAACGGAAUGAGUGGGAGAUUAAGCUUGAGGAGGUGAUGACGGAAAGGAAGAAAAAUGGGAUCCUGAUGAUGUGAAUAGCAACAAUAGAAUGAGACAUAAAAUAUCAACCUCCCGGAUCUGGGUGUGCUUGUUGUGCUACUGUCAAAAAAAA